GCUCCCCUGCCAUGCUAAUGUGAAUACGAAGAGGUGACACUAAAGUAUAAUACAGUUAGUUGAAGAAGAUUCAGGGGGGAUUCAGCUUUAGGCGACGACAUGUUUUACCAUAUCGCCUUGGAACAUGAGAUUCUUCUCCAUCCGCGAUACUUUGGCCCCAACCUUUUGAACACUGUCAAACAGAAGCUGUUUACAGAGGUCGAGGGCACGUGCACGGGGAAGUAUGGCUUUGUCAUUGCUGUGACUACCAUUGACAACAUUGGGGCAGGGGUCAUUCAGCCAGGCCGUGGAUUUGUCUUGUAUCCAGUCAAAUACAAAGCCAUAGUUUUCCGCCCUUUCAAAGGAGAGGUGGUGGAUGCUGUGGUCACCCAGGUCAACAAAGUUGGAUUGUUCACUGAAAUUGGUCCAAUGUCCUGUUUCAUCUCUCGUCAUUCGAUUCCCUCUGAGAUGGAAUUUGACCCAAACUCCAAUCCACCAUGCUAUAAGACAGUCGAUGAGGAUAUAGUAAUACAGCAGGAUGACGAGAUACGGCUGAAAAUUGUGGGUACGCGAGUGGACAAGAACGAUAUUUUUGCCAUAGGCUCUCUUAUGGAUGAUUAUCUAGGUCUUGUCAGCUGAUCGCCCUGUUAAAGAUACAGGAGAGAUUUUAGGCCUGCAGUCAUUCUGGAGGAUUCAGAUAGACUGUCAUUUGUGCUCCAUUGUGUGUAUAUAUAAUUAUUUUUUCUACAUUUAUAGCAAUUUAGAAUCCAGCAAACUUUUUUUUCCUCCAACAGAACUGUUUUUGUAAUUUCCCAACACUUUUAUAAAGAAGUCAUGAAAACCUGACUGGAAUCAAUGCAAAUAAUAGACAGAACAUUUAUUUUUCUGUUAUCUAACUUCACAGAAAUCGUAAAGUUUGUUAGUUUGCUUUUUGUUGCCAGUGUUUAAACAGGAGCUGGAACAUGCAAUGCAAACAUAAACAUAAAGUUUAAGUCCAAAAAAAAAAAACAUAUCUCAAAGACCUCUUUAAUAAUACGUUACUUUUUUCAUGAAAACGUUAAAAAUAAGAAUAAUUUAACAAAGUAAAAUAUAUGUUUUCUUCUGUCGUCCUGUAAAUCCCACAGCUAUUGUCCAUGCAUUCCAGACAUGUUUGAACCAAUAAAUAUCUUCUUCAUUUU